AGGGGGCGUGGUCUUACUAGAUUGAAGUUGAUCGACCGGUCGGUCUUUAAUAUUCCUAGUCGAGUCCUCUAUACUAUACUGGCUUUCUUUACUAGAGGAACGCAGAGGAACAAGUUGAGAAGUCUAUCAGUACAGUAUUGGAUAUCGUGUGCCUGUUGCCUGUCAGUGUCAUGAGAGGUCCAGAGAAGAAGGAGAGUAGUUUACUCAAGCGGUUCAUGGACGAAUACCACGGAUAUCGCACAGUGGAGACUCGAGUGAUGCUCAUGCUAUCCUUUGCUGUGUUUGUGCAGCUCAUGUUCAACAAUGAUUCAGAGGAGACCAGUGUCACCUAUAGUGCUCUCAUCUUUGCCUUGUUGUGUGUCCUGGUUAUAGUACUCAAUGCUUGGAUGGACUACUUCCCAUCACGAUUAUCUGCUGUGCAAUUAAGGGUAGCUACUGGGCAAGGUCUCUCUCUGGGUUGUCUGCUACUCCCCACACUAGCCACUGCUGGUCUACACAGAGCACUGCUGACACAACCACCUCUAGCUAGUCUUCUGUUCCUAUAUAUGACUCUGCUUACUCUGAUGAGUGUAGCUACAGUCAUGGCCUCCCUCAUCUCUCUAACACCUUAUCCUAACUCUGUUGUGCUCUACUCGUUGGCUCUGACUGGACUCAGCUAUUCCACUCAAGCAUGGAUUGGCACUCCGAUGGUCAUCUCCCUACCAGCUCUCACCAUCUACUCUCUCCUCCUACCUUCUGCUCUCACACUCUUCCCAAAGAGCUUCACUCUAGCAGAAGCUGUUAUUCUCACUCAAGCAAUUGCCCUUAUGUUGACUGAUGUUCUAUUGCAACUCUUGCGCACGGGCAAGGUGUUGCAACUACCAGUGCUGUAUCAGCGCUCUAUUCCUCUCCUCUAUGUCGAGUUCCUGCUGACUGGAGUAUGCCUCUGCUGCCUACUACUCAGCCCACUUCUCUACAAGGUCCAUCAUUCAUCUACACACACGCCCACUUACAAGCUAGGGUCCAUUGGAUUCAUUCUACUCUCUCUAACUAUUGGAUUCAUCACAGUGUUGCCAUGGUUACACGGUAUCAUAGGCCACCAGCCUAUAGCCUUUGUGUUCCAGUAUCUCAGCUCAUCUUCUACAAGGUUAAUGCUCACUGGUUAUUGGAUAUUGGUAUCCAUGGCAACUGGGGCUGUAGUGUGGGCCCAAUCAUCAACAAAGGCAGUCUGGUUAAAGUCAUCAGAUCCCUCAGGAUUGUGGUUGAGAAAGUACUUCCACUUGAGUGCAGUGUGUGUGUUUGUGCCCGGUCUAUUGUUAGAUGUCGACUUCCUCUCCUUUGCUGCCUCCAUGACCACCUUUCUUUUUGUAGUGAUUGAGUUGGUGCGUGUUGUGCGAAUGUGGCCUUGUGGAGAAUUAGUGCAAGAGUACCUCACUCCAUUGUGUGCUGACAGAGAGGGAGGACCACUCAUACUAUCACACCUCUACCUCCUGUUAGGCCACUGUGUCCCCUUAUGGAUAGCACCUCAUACUGGAGUGGGGAAGCUGUGUCUGUAUUCUGGAGUAUUGUCAGUGGGACUGGGAGAUGCUAUGGCUGCUGCUGCUGGAUCACUGUUUGGCAGACUAAAGUGGCCAGGCACCGCCAAGACAGUUGAAGGCACUCUAAUGUCAGUGCUGACUCAGCUACUUGCCCUCGUCUUCCUUGUUCUAAUAGAUCCUGACGUGCCGGUCCUAACACAAGGUCAAUGGCUCAUUACUAGCGGAGGGAUUCUACUCAGUGCAAUGUUAGAGGCCUACACUUGGCAAAUUGACAACUUAAUUGUAUCUUUAUCCCUAUGCUCUGUUUAUAUGGCAUUUUUGUUGUAAUGCAAAUCAUUAUGAUGUUGCUGGUGGG